AUGGCCGACUUUGAUCUCAAUUCAGCAUUCAUUCCCGCACUACAUAAGCCAGCCGCACUCCUGCCCGUAGCAAAGCACCGCGAUGCCUUGCUCUAUCUCAUCGAGACGAAGCAGGUCACUAUCGUUGUUGGCCAGACUGGUUCCGGCAAGACUACUCAAAUCCCCCAAUUCCUCGAAGCCGCAGGAUGGUGCACAGAUGGCAAGGUUAUCGGUAUCACCCAACCCCGCCGAGUCGCUUCAACGACAGUUGCUAUGCGAGUUGCCGAAGAGUUUGGCUGUGAGAUAGGCAAGGAGGUGGGCUUCGCGAUUCGGUUCGAAGAUGCCACCUCCGCCCAAACGCGCAUCAAGUACAUGACAGAUGGACUCCUUAUCAGAGAGGCUCUCGUCGACCCUCUACUUACACGGUAUUCUGUCAUCAUGGUGGACGAGGCUCAUGAGCGAUCUAUUAGUACCGACAUUCUUCUGGGCCUGCUGAAGAAGAUUAUGAAGAAGCGGCCGGAGCUGCGUGUCAUUAUCAGCAGUGCUACGUUGCAGGCCGAGGAGUUCUUCAAUUUUUUCACCACGAACCCGGGCGAUGAGGUGAAAGAAGCAAAGCAGCCAGUUGACGAUGCAGCAAAGGGCGACAACAAGAAGGCUGCAAUCAUACCCUUGGAAGGGAGAGCGUCCCCCGUUGACAUUCUUUACCUGGAAUCUCCGGCAGAGGACUACGUCGAGAAAGCUAUCUCAACUGUUUUUGAUAUUCACGAAAAUGAGAACGACGGAGACAUUCUGGUAUUCCUCACAGGCCGCGAGGAAAUUGACACUGCUGUUCAGGCCAUCGCCGACCGCCUCCUCGACAAGAGAGACCAAGACUACAAGAAGUUGCAAGCACUCCCUCUUUACGCCGGUCUCACUACUGAGCAGCAGAUGUAUGUCUUUGAUAAGCCUCCUGAAGGCACGAGAAAAGUCGUCUUUGCGACCAACAUCGCCGAGGCGUCUAUCACUAUCGACGGAAUCGUCUACGUCGUCGACUGCGGCUUCGCGAAGCUCAGAGCGUACAACCCCCGAACAGGCAUCGAGGCCCUGACGACUACCGCCAUCUCCAAAGCCUCUGCAAACCAGCGCGCCGGUAGAGCGGGAAGGACAAGGCCGGGCAAGUGCUUCCGGCUCUAUACGGAAGAAUCAUUCCUAGGUCUCCCCCAAGUCGCAGUUCCUGAGAUUCAGCGUUCUAACCUGGCACCCUUCAUUCUGCAACUGAAAGCCUUGGGCAUCGACAACGUCCUUCGAUUUAACUUCCUCAGCCCGCCGCCCUCGGAACUGAUGGCCAAGGCUCUGGAAUUGCUCUACGCCCUGGGAGCCCUCGACGAGUACGCCAAGCUUACUAAACCUCUGGGCUACAGAAUGGCGGAAAUCGCAGUAGAGCCGAUGAUGGGCAAAACAUUGCUGAGUGCCGAGUCGUUCGGGUGCCUCAGUGAGAUGCUUACCAUCGCAGCCAUGACCAGUGCAGGCGGCAACAAUGUCUGGUUUUACCAUGACGGCGAGCGGAAGCAGAUGGAAACCUCCCGGCGCUCGUUCGCCGCCGAGGAGGGCGACCAUCUGACACUUCUCAACGUUUACCAGGCCUUCGUCACAACGGGCAAGAAGGAAUCGAAGUUCUGUCGCGAGCACAACCUAAACUUUAAAACCUUGACGCGAGCCGUGAGCAUACGAGCACAGCUCAAGCGGUAUCUUGAGAAAUCUGGCGUCGUCAUGGACGACUCACUGGGCAACAAAAAAGGGCAGCAGCAGGAUAACGUCAAAAAGGCGGAGCAGAUCCGGCGGUGCCUCACAGCGGGCUACUUUGCGCACGCAGCGAGGAUGCAGCCAGACGGCACGUUCCGCAACGUGUCGGGCCAGACGAUGCUCCACGCGCACCCAAGCUCGCUCAUGUUCAACCGCAAGGCUGACUGGGUCAUUUUCCACGAAGUCAUGGAGACGGGCGCAAAAAUAUUCAUAAAAGACAUCACCAAGAUCGAGAAAGACUGGCUUGUGGAGUAUGCUCCGGAGUUCUAUCAAGUUGUGGACAAGUCGGCGUCGACGACGACGAUGUGA